AUGCCAAGAAAAGGAAUGAGGAGCCUGUGCUUUCACUCCAAAUCGCCGUCGUUCGCCGCCUACUCUUCUUCCCCUUCUAGACCCUCCUCCGUCUCAUUCCCAACCCCACGGCGUGUCCCCGUAACGAACUUCACCGACGCAAUGAUCGAGGAUAUCAUCGGGAACGCCGCCGUUUUGGUCAUGAAGUGGAACCCGGAGACUUCGACAUACGCCAAGGUCACCUCUCUCUUCUACGAGAGCAAAAAGGAAGCGCAGCAGUUUAUCAGGUGCGUGACGGAGCUUCAGAAGGCCAUGCACUUCCUCGUAUCGGAGGACCCCACCUCCGAGAAAAUCGUACACGCGCAGAGCCUCAUGGAGAUCGCAAUGAAGCGGUUGCAGAAAGAGUUCUACCAGAUCCUAUCCAUGAACCGAGCCCAUUUAGACCCGGAAUCGGUCUCGACCAGGUCCAGAUCCUCCGUCACGUCUACCCGGUCCAGCACCUCCGAUUACGAAGACGGCGGCGCCACCACAGACGACGACGUGCGAUUCGCCAGAGAAUCCAUCUCCGAAGUCGAGCACGUCUCGUCGGUCGCCAUGGCCGACUUGAAAUCCAUAGCCGAGUGUAUGAUCUCCUCCGGCUACGCCAAAGAGUGCGUUCACAUCUACAAGAUUAUCAGAAAAUCGAUCAUCGACGAGGGAAUGUACAAGCUAGGAGUUGAGAGAUUGAGCUCUUCGCAGAUCCACAAGAUGGACAGGGAGGUUCUGGAUCUGAGAAUCAGGAGCUGGUUGAAUGCGUUGAAGAUGUCAAUCUCCACGCUCUUCAACGGAGAGCGAAUCCUGUGCGAUCACGUAUUCGCAUCCUCCGCCUCCAUCAGAGAGUCUUGCUUCACGCACAUAUCUCGUGAAGCCGCGACUUUACUCUUUGGCUUCCCUCAAGUUCUCGUCGCGAAGAGCAAGAAAAGCUCGUCGUCUCUAGACGUAUUUCGUCUUCUCGAUAUGUACACUUCGAUCUCCGAGCGCUGGCCGGAGAUCGACUCCAUCUUCUCGUUCGAGUCCACCGAUGCCGUCCGAUCUCAGGCGCUCAAUUCGCUCAUUAAACUCAGCGAGUCCGUCAGAUCAAUGCUCUCCGAUUUUGAGUCGACGAUCCAGAAAGACUCGUCGAAAUCGGUCUCUCAUGGCGGCGGCGUCCACGAUCUCACUCUCCGCGUGAUGAAUUACCUCUCUCUCCUUACAGACUACAGCAACGUCCUCGUCGACAUUGUCUCCGACUGGCCUCCGCCGGCCAAAUCGUCGCUUCCAGAAUCGUACUUCGACAGCCCCCACUCUGAAGACGGUCAGGCGCCGGUGAUCUCCCUCCGCAUGGCCUGGCUCCUACUCGUCCUCCUCUGCAAGCUCGACGACAAGGCAAAGCACUACAAGGACGUUUCGCUCUCGUACCUCUUCUUAGCAAACAAUCUCCAGUACAUGAUCUCGAAUAUCCGUACAUCGAAUCUCCAGUACCUUCUCGGCGAGGACUGGAUAUCGAAGCACGAACGAAAGGUGAGGCAAUUCGCAGAAAACUACGAGGGGUUGGCGUGGGGGAAAGUUUUCGCUUCAUUGCCCGAAAAUCCGACGGUCGAGAUUUCCACGGAGGAAGCGAGACUGAUCUUCCGAAACUUCAAUUUCAGCUUCGAGGAAGCGCAUCGGAAACAGAGGACGAGUGUCGUACCGGACCGGAAACUCCGAGAAGAGAUGCAGGUGUCCAUAGCAAAAAAGCUGGUGUCGGCUUACAGGGAGUUUUACGACGCCCAUAGGCUGACGGUUGGGGGCGGGAGAAGCGUGGAGUUGUAUGUCAGAUUUGCCCCUGAAGAUGUUGAAAAUCACUUGUCGGACCUGUUUUUCGGGACCAUGGACUCGGAUGGUUCGUCGCAGUAUUCGCCGUCUCAUCGGCGGAGUCCAUUGAGACUUUAG